AUGGCUACCAGGGACGGGCCGAGCGUCCCGCGCAAAAAGUCAACAACUUACGGCAAGACAUCGCGAAAACGACCUAUUCAUGCGUUUCUCGACCUGUCAAAUGCUUCGCGACGCGCCGGCAAUGCUACACAAUCAACCGAGGCCUCUUCAGCGCCUGCCGACCAGCUCUACGAUCUUUACGACCCACCAUCCGAUGACCCUUUGCGCCUUGCACUUUCUCGGCAAGUUGUGCCACCUGUUGACGCGCCCGUAAUCCAGCCGGAUGGUUCAAACAAAACGAAGAAGAGGAAGGUGGCUGUUGCGCCUAUGGCCAAAGCUGAUCGCAAGGUCGAAAUCAAACCACCUGUCAUCGCUCCGCCAGCGGGAUUACCCUCUCACACCCGCCGAGCGAAAUCGCCCUUCAACACAAGCGCAUCCAGUUCUUUUUGCGCCGUCAAACAGGACCCUCUGCCGCAAGGGCUCGAUAGACCCAAGAUACUGACGCAAGCCGAACCACGCAGGAGCGCUCCUCGUGCUCAAGCCGAGGUUGACGUUCCUCGCAGGACCGAGUCCAACUUGCAUACACGACAGGCAUUCUCACAAUCUUCUGAAGCGCGGGUAGUGGGAAAGCCAAGCUCCACCAUUACGAGACCACAAGUGACGAAGCCGAAAAUGCUAUCUAAGCCGAAGCGUAUCCGUCUCAUCGAUCAGUUGGCGGCGCAAACCGAAGACAGCUCGGACUCGGACUCCGAAAUAUCAGAUUCAUCGCAGCACUCUAGGACGGGAACGACCGAUGCUUCUCCUUUCACUCCGGUGAAGCCUAUUGACAUGACGCCGAAACCAUCGAUGCGGCCCAAGGUGCUCUCGAGCACUAGAAAGCUGAGAUCGACGUACGGAGAGCAGCGGACGCUGAAGACAGAUGAGUCAGGGGGAGACAGCCUAGGCAGCCAAAUCGGAGUUGACGGCACCCAGCAUGAUCUGAGUCCGCCCCCAACCAUGUCGAAGCUUGCGUCCUUUGCGUUUGAAGAAGAAGAGAUCGAGGAAGACGACUCUGCUAGAGGCGGUGGCAUCAUUGAUAUCCACGCGCUCAGGCAAGCCGGUGCCAAUCACCGUUUUGCAGACAGCAUGGCCGAUUUGCUUGACAGAGUCGGCACGCCCCAGCCGCCCAGAUCACAGACAGCGCGCUCGAGGCGCAACGCUCUAUUGGAGCUGGCGAGUAAGCUGCGGGACAAGACGUUUGUCCGUCAAUUUCGCGACCAGGGUGCGAAGGACGCCUUAUUUCACGCUCUCGGACAGGAAGAGGACUUCGUCAGCGGCUUCGUCCUCCUGUCUGUUGUUCUGGUUCUAUUCACAUCGUAUUCGGUGCCUCAUCUCGUACCUCAGCUACAGAGCGAAGGUAUUGCGCAACUGGCUUCGACAAUGUUCAACAUCGACGAAGACAUACACCUGGAUCUAUGGAGGGGCUCUCCGCCCACCGUGCUGUCGCCCAGGACGGUUGCUUUGAAAGCCAUAUCCGUACUCUGCAAGGACGGUGACAGUACAGCGACACGUCACAUCCUCUCUAGCUUGACAGAUCAGUUAUUUGGGUUCGCCGAGACAGGCUGGCAACAUUGUAGAGCUCAUGGGAUGGAGGGAACAGACGCCGGCCUAGCGCUUUCGCUCCUCGAAGGCUACUCGAUUGCAGCAAUGGAAUCCGACGCCGGCCCUCGAUGGACAAAGCGAUAUCUUCCCAUCUUCGCAGAUGUUCUCACAACAGCCAUGGCUCGACCUCUGCAAGAAUUCGGCGAUUUCGAGUCGACAGCAUUGAAAUUGGCACUGAACACAACGAAUAACAACCCCGUUGCUGCAAGCGCCUUUAGUAGAGGAGAUCUUUUCCGCGAGCUAACAGAGGCCAGCGUUGCGGGAUUUGAGCUCCUGGAGCAGUCUGUCCACAAAGGGGCCUUUUCCAAGGAUGUCUACGAGACACUCAUGCUGCUACUAGGCGUCAUGAUCAAUACAUCCGAGCACUCUCCGUCAGCCCGGCACUCUGUGGAUGCGUGGCAAGGGCAGGACGGCUCAACCUUGGACAGGCUGAUAGAAGUCUACCUGGACAAUCGCGAUUCGGCUGGUACAGCUGAUUCAGUCGAGAAGACCUCGGUUGCCGUAGCUCACGGUUACUUGGCGAUACUGUUAGGCUACUUGUCGUUGGGUAGCCAAGUACGCCGGCGGCUGGAGGAAAAGAGUCAUGGAAGAGGCACCAAGUACUUGCUCGAUUCCAUUCAGGAGUUUAUGGCUUUGCACCAAAAGUUGGACACGGAUGAGUGCAAGGAAGUGGCUACAAAGUCAAAACAGGUAGCAUUCUCAGCCACGCUUGCCGCCAUUACCAGCAAAGUCUUUCAAGAAGAGACGGUGGCAAUCCGGCUUGGGGAGUCUAAAGAGCACUCUUUGACAGACUGGCGCGGCGGUGAAGACCGGUGGAUAGGCAGGCAACCAGGUGUCCUAGCAGCAUGGUUUGCGAGGAACCAGACGCUUCCGUUGCCCCUUGUUGGCUGGAUCCAGCUCAUCUUACCACAAAUCAUUGCUCAAAUUUUCUAA